AUGCCGCCUCACCUCCAUCCCCGGUCCCGGUCGACCGCCUCCCUUUUUGCCACGACCCUCCUGGCUUCUCUGGUGGUUGUGGGUUUACCACACGUUUUCCCAUGCCCCGCCCCGCGUCGCACACUUGCCGAUUCCGAGAUGAUGGUCACAGCGGAUGGACAACAAGUACAGAGAAUUAGGCGACGGAGGAGGAAGGAUGUAGAGAUGUUCGACCGGGAAAACACACCAUACCCAGCACCUCAACCGGCCGACGAAGAGGUGUCGACUUUCUUCCAGAUGGAAGCGGAAGCAGAGAAAUUAGAACAUGUCCGGAGGCAAUGUCCAGUGCCUAAACCUAGUGGCGUUCUAGGGGACUUACUAGGAUUCUCGAAUCAGAAAGAUACUGAAAUCGAUUGGACGACCUACAUGCAACAAGUAUCGCUGUAUAUCUCUGGCGAACGUGAUUACACCUUGAUCAGAGGCUCGACCGGACCCCUCGUCUAUCCCGCCGCGCACGUAUACAUCUACAGCGUCUUCUAUCACCUCACUGAACAAGGGCGGGAUAUCAUUUAUGGCCAGAUACUGUUUGGUUUGCUUUAUAUUACUGUUCUUGGAUUGGUAUUGGCGUGUUAUCGACAAACGGGUGCCCCGCCGUAUCUAUUCCCACUGCUUAUGCUUUCGAAACGGCUUCAUAGUAUAUUUGUGCUGCGGUUGUUUAACGAUGGCGUCGCAGCCCUGGCUAUGUGGGGUGCUGUCCUGCUGCUCAUGAAUAGGAAAUGGACAGCUGGGGUUGUUGUUUGGUCGGUGGGAGUUGGGAUCAAGAUGACAGUGUUGCUUCUUGCGCCAGCGAUUGCUGUAGUCACGGUGCUCAGUCUAGGUUUGCUGCCGAGUAUUAGACUGGGAAUCGUAGCGGUGCUUGUCCAGAUUUGUCUGGCAAUUCCCUUUCUCCAAGCAGACCCUGUAGGAUACGUUUCGCGCGCGUUCGAACUAACCAGGCAGUUCAUGUUCAAAUGGACCGUCAAUUGGAGAUUUGUGGGUGAAGAGAUCUUUCUAUCUAAGAACUUCUCGCUUAGUCUUCUAGCGCUACACGCUGUCCUCUUGACUACCUUCCUUUUCACGACCUGGCUGAAACCAUCAGGAUCCAACCUAUUCGGAUUCCUCCGCAACACGGUCAAGGGACGCCAGCGCACAGUGGCACUCUCCAGAACAUUCAUCAUGACGGUUAUGUUGACAUCUCUCGCGAUUGGGUUGUUAUGCGCAAGGUCUCUCCAUUACCAAUUCUUUGCUUAUCUCGCAUGGGCGACACCCUUCCUGCUUUGGAGAGGUGGAUUUCACCCUGUGUUGAUAUACGCAGUGUGGGCAUUGCAGGAAUGGGCCUGGAAUACGUAUCCCAGCACCAUCACCAGUUCUCUCGUUGUUGUUCUCUCACUUGCUGCUCAGGUUCUUGGUGUUUUGACGAAAGGGUCCAAGGCACUCGAUGCUCAUUACCAAAGGCCUGACAGUAAAGCCAAAGCUCACACGCAAUAA